GGUGGUCGAGGUGGAGGGCCGGCGGGGAGCAGAGAGGUCCACAAGAAUGGCUGGCUUAAGAGGAUGCCGACACAGGAACGUCGCCUCUCUGUCAUGGCACCCUUCGGCAAGCCGGCGAAGGCAGAGAAGCUGUGGGUGUCGUUCUGCGUGCACGACGAGAGCGAGGGCUGGCUGGAGUUCUACGAGAACCGCCGCUCCGCCUUCAGCCACAACCCGAUCCACCGCACGUCGCUCGCCCGCUGCCUGCACGUCUCGCCCUCCAUCCGCGUGCACGAGGACAACGAGCACGUGUUCGCCAUCACGCUCGAGGGCGAGGUCAUCAAACUCGGCGCUCAGAGUAGAGAGCAGAUGAUGGAGUGGAUCGACUCACUCCGGAGCAGACUACGCGAGCUCGGAGUGCUGACGCCGAAGGAUAACCUCUACAGCAAAGAACCUGAAGGCCUUCGGUCACCCCUGCUCAGAAACCCCAACUCCCCGCUGCCGCCCACGCCCACGUUUCAGUUCCCGCCUCACGCCCUCGAGUUCCGGGACGACGUCUCGAGCCUGCACUCCAUGCGCCUGGGCCUGAGUCCCGCUCCCAGCAUGACGCUCUCCACGGUCUCGGGCAUGUCCGGUCUGUCCUCCAUGCAGAGUCUCAACUCCGUGUCCUCGGGAUCCUCCGACCCCAACACGUCGCCCUCCUCCGUCGUCACCUACGUCCGCCACCACCACGACCCUCCGCUCAACAGGAGAUCGUCCUUCAGAGCGUCCCUUCCCAGCUCCCCGACCACGCCUGCUGGAGGGUCUGGUUCUCUCACCUUCCUCAGGUCGCCGCCAGGGCCACAGGCUGCCCCUCCGCGAGAGCACGUGACCGUCAUCAACGUGCCGUCGCCUACGUCUUCCGUCUUCAACUUCGACAGCGUCGGCGCUGCCCUGGAGUCCAGCGGCGCCAUGGCAAACUCCCAGCUGUACGGCGCCGUGUAUCCGACCCCAGAUCCCUCUAUAUGUGACUCCACGGACACCCUAGACGCAAGCGAAGUAUCCUACAGUACGAUAUCUGACCCUAACGCCGUCCAGCUUCGUGUAGGGAACUCCCUGGGUGCUGGCGGAAGCGGGGGAGGCGGCGCUGGAGGAGGGCGGCCGCCGUUGCCGCCGGGCCAGAGAUGUGCUAGCGGUUACGGCAGCGCGGGCAUGGGCGCCGCCGCCGCAGCGUACGGUGUGGGAGCAGGCGGCAUGAGCGCCAGUGGGGGCGGCAUGGCAGCAUCGGGGGGCGGGGGAACAGUGGGUGCCAGCAGCGUGGCAGGAGGAAGUUGGUCCAACGUCAGUUCGCCGGAGAGUUCGUAUGAGCCUCUCUUCUUAGCAAGCAGCGCGGGGCUGGCCCCCCCGCCCACUCCCACCGCCGCCCCCGUGCCGCAGGCGCCGCAGACUGGACUUCUACGCCGGCGCUCGGAGCAUCGGAGGUCUGGCAGGCGAGAGCACGGCAGAAGGGCGGCCUCGGUCGGUCCUUCCAUAGCACCUAAACAACAGCCGCGCCGGAAUGACCCCCUCCCCCCCUCCACAAACAGCACCCCCGGGCGCCUGAUGAGCCUCCGCGAGCAGCAGGUGAUCCGGCUGCAGCGUGAGAUUGCGCACCAGGCCGGCGUCAGACUCACGCUGCGCAAGAAGGACUGCAUGAAUUCCAUUGCAUUUGUUAACGUAUUCAACCAUGUGUACGUGGCAGGCUGGAAGCAAAGAGAACACCCAUACCUCCAUAACACAUUCCACAUCGGUGACCGCCUCGUGAGCGUGUGCGGCGUACAGGUCACCACAGCGCAAGAGGCCCACAAUCUUAUCAAAAACGAGCCUACCAUGAUGGUGGAGUUCAUCAUCAGACGAGUCCCUCACGGUAGGGUGUUCGCCCUGAAGAGGGAGACAGAGGGCCAAGCUCUGGGCGUCAUCCGAGAGGGAAAUACCGCCGAGAUACGUGAGAUCGUUCCCGGUGGACUGGCUGCUCAGCAUGGUGUUCCCCCGAAAUCUCAGACGGUUGAUGGCACGUCCUUCUGCUCGUGGGUGCUCACCGAAAUCAAUCACAGACCAUUAAAUCUCUUCUUUAAGCACAUGGAGAUAGCUGACCGUCUGAACGCGGUUGGGCGAGACAUCUCCAUCCUCAUCCAGCCUAUGGACCUAGUCAAGCAGCUCAAGAAGAGUCUCAAAGCUCUUAAAGGCUACAAAGACUACAUCGUGAUGUAAAAGAGGCAAAUCCUUCGUGUGAAUGGAUUAGUUUCGAUGUAAGGCAGGAAGGGAGGUCGAGGAUGAAACCGAGGACUUCCAAACAAGGAGCGGCGGCCGCACUCGAUUCGGAGAAACGGGCAAAACCAACAUAGACUCUGAGAUCUCCGCAGCCAUUGAAGCCUUGCAUAUGUGCCAAACUCUAGUGAUGUGAUAAACUGUGCCAAUCUGACAUGUGUGCAAUGCAUGUCACCAGAGAUGACAGAGGCUGAAAAUAUCAAAACUCUUGCAAUACACACAUUCCCUAAACAUGUUUAGAAUUGUAUAAUUGUGAAGUUUUUUGUCUAGAUUAUCUCGUCGGUGGUCAGAUUAGAGAAAUGCAUUAUAUAUUUUUGUUACAAUGACGUCAUAUCCAUAUUGUGCUGUCUAGUUACCAUUAUGGAAGCCACUUUAAGGCUUUAGUAUUGAUGAUCGUUUCUUUUGCUGGUCGAAUCUUGCUUUAUGAGAAAAUACGUAAUACCUGUUAUUGGUGUGAUGCAUGUGAAUGAACUACUCUAAAGCGACUAUGAAUGAGCGGUUUGUCCGAGUAACAGACAUUUCUAGAACUUGAGAAGCUUCGCUGUCAGACAACGCCCUUCUUAAUUCUUGGGCGUGGUUGUUUUGAGCUAUUACUCGUGCUAUGUUGUACUUGACCUGUGUUUUGUUAUGUUUCAACUAUGUUAUGUUUAUACCUUAUCUACCUUUUUGUUGAGUUCUUACUUGUGCUAUAUUUGAAGUUUUACUUGUGUCGGGGCCUCUGCUUUUUCCCAGUUAUGUGGUACUUUCAAAUACAGUAAGUUAUGCUGAAUUCCAACCCGUGCUGUCGUAUCCAUGACGACAUCCAAGCCAUGUCCGUGCUACCAAUGUGAUGUUUAGUUGUGUUCUGACUGAGGUUUACCUUGUUAUCUUUGCCUCACCUGUGAUAUGCCAGCAACCGCCAAUAGAAUGUUGAUGUGUUGAGUAUUUCACAGUCGUGUAUUAUGUGUGUGGUGUAUUUGUAUGUGUCUAUGGAUGUAUGUUUGUGUGUGUGUGUGUGUGUGUGUGUGUGUGGAGGGGGGUACAUAUGGGUGUAGCUGAGUUUUGUAAGGAGCGGGAGGCAACACCAGAACACACUGAAUGUUCUUAGAAACUCAUCAUGCAUAAUGCUAGUCUUUCUCUUAUACUGUAUGUCACUGAACGACUGCACACUGCUUAAUGAUAUACUAGCUAAAUUCAUAACUGUCGAUCAUGCAUGCUGAGAUCGUCGGAACACUAAAUCAUGAAAGGAACAUGAUUAAAAACUAGUAUGCAGAAGUGAGCAUUGCAUGAGCAAGGAAUGGUGCUUUGAGCAUCACGUGAGCCAGGACACAAGACUAGCAUACAACAUUCCAUGAAUCUAAAAUACCACAGGCAUCAGGACACAAAUAUCGGGGCACAAGGUUCAUAAUAGCCUGGGUAAAAUUUUAAAAUUAUAGAUUGUGCAAAUAGGAUUCAUCUAAAUUAGAUAAAAUCGAGAAUUAAACAUUGUUUUGAAAGAUUAGGGCGUAAAAUGUUUACAAUAUUUGCAUUUGUUUUGGUUCGUCUCACUUUAACACCGAUGAACGGAGUCACUGCGUUACCCAAGAAAUACUAUUCUGACAACCUCGGUGCUAAGCUUCCAUAUGUUCAGAGUAUGAGUAAAACACGAACAAAAAAUCUGAAGGUGCUGAUACUUCGUAAGAAACAUUUUGUCGUGUAGAUCAACUUUUAUUUUUUCUACCGUGAGUUAUUUCCCUUCGUGUUUUCGUCUGAAUCCAUUCACAUUACUAACCCCUCUUCCCCUCUCCCCUGAGCAGUUUCCCCUUGCGAAAAGAGCAUCACAAGCUUUCGUGUGAUGCGUGACAAAGAGAUAAGAGAGAAAGGUCUGAACAGCACGUAUUCUCUCAUAGAUUACCUCUGAUUCAAACAACGGCGAAGUUGUUGCGUCUGAUGCUCGUUGUUUAUUCCUAGAAUGUAUCCAAUGAUUUGUUUCUCUCUCAGAUCACGCUUAGAUGAUUUGCACUUACGCUUAGCUAUAUACGACUCUGCUACACCCUUCUCAUUAGCUGUGAAUAGGUCCCUCAUAUGCAAUUAUUAUAUGAUGUCCCAGUGUAUAUUUGCACUGAAAGUUUUGUUUGAAAGUUUUUUUUUCAACGAAGCAUGGCUGUCAGGCUCCCUGCGUUUCUAUGGCGACAUCACAAAAUCUUCCCCAUGUACGUGGCAGGAAGCGUGAUCUGCCGGUAGAGAGGCCUGUGGCGCAGCGUUCACCAUAUUGAUAUCAGACAGUCAUGCAUUAUUUAUUCUCCAAUGAAAGGAAUCAGAUUAAGAUCUUUAAAUAUAUCCCACCUGUAAUGCUCUUUAUCCCAGCGUCAAAUACUUUUUUUGCAAUCCCACCUGCACAUUACGAGUUGAUGUGUCAAGAAUCUCACAUCCCACCUGCAACACCUUAGGUUUCCGGGUCAAUUAGGUGCUAAUCUAUUUGCUUUACGUAAUAAGGUUUUGUUCGUAUUCUCGCUUCCUUCUGUAUUUACGCCGACUUUGCUCCCCCUCUACGCCCUCUGGGGCCAAGCGUCUAAAGUUUUGUUAUAAACAGUGAUUUUUUUAUUUGGUUCUUUAAUCCAUAAGUAUCCUCCAUCACUGAAAUAUUUCUUCUGUAUUGUUACCAUUCUCGGUAGCAUACAGCUGUGGUUAUGUUUUAAUAAAAUUCUUGAAGAGA